AUGCCCACUUCCCCCGGCCCUCUGCUCAGGGCAGCCAAUGCGAAUGCCGCUGUUCCUCUCGGUGGCGCUGGCGGCCACCGUGAUGUGCAGCUGCAAAAGUGCGUGCGUGUGCGUAUGGUCACAUGCACUCGCGGCUUGAGCAGUCUCCACGCCGUCCUGAUAGGCUGCAAGCGCGAGGGGAAGAGAUGAGGCUGUCAACAGCAGCAACGGUGACCGAACGGAAGAAAGGACGCGUACAUAGGUAGACCCGCUUGGAACUUUGUGGGGUCCGCGCGCGUCCUCCCGGGCCUUUUAAUGCCACCAGUCGACAGAUUGCAAGACUGGGAGCGCGAAUUAGGAUUCGGCCUGAUGUCAGCCAGCAAGGUCUACUCUUGGACCUCUAAAAUUUGAGUAAAUAGAGCGUUUGCCCUUGCGGAAUGAUAUCACAGAUUGGAUUUCUAAUUUCACGCGGGACGAUAAUGACUUCAUUCCACUCCCGGAAUGCAUGGUGGAUGAAACCCAAGGUUAGGUAUAUCAGCCGAACAACAACCAUCCCCCGCUACCCUAAAUAGGCUUAAAUAGAUUGGAAUUCAUGUCCCAGCUGAUGAUUGAGCCACUUAAGAGAGCCUAAUGCCAAAGCAUUCGGAAGUUAAGUCAUUAUGAAACUUGGGAAAUUUACGGUUGCUGUGCUUUUCAUGCUUUAUUUUAUCCACAGGGGCAAAAAUUUCUUGAUAAGCUUCUUCUGCAGGGAGUGAAGAAAACCUUUUCCCCUACACUGAAUGCUAAAAGUCCCCAACAUGGUUUUAAGCCCCUGAAAACGGAGGCGUCAGAGCUUCCGACCGUCGAUGUUAGGGUCCCGUGCCAGUGUAGAAUCAAAUUGAUCGUAAAUACUGCCGGAAAUUAUAUUUUCAGACCCGGUGCAUCUGCUCCUGCUCCUAAAACUAUUAUUACUGCAACGGUCGCUGAAACGCAUGAUGCUAUGACUAUCACCUGAGUAACGACCACCGUUCCUUCUACAUAUAUCAUCACUACUACAAGAAGACAUAUUAACAACACGGCUACUACUGGUACCAUAGCUACUACCGCAGUGGUCUCACGCUGGGAGACAAUGCAGGACAUCACUGAUCGUAUUUGGGAAACUACGGUGCAGUACAUUACUGGGGCAUUUGCUUUUUGAAUUCUAAUCAUUAUCAAGUUUUGUUGAGCAUCUAAGUGCAUGUUCAUGUCUGUUCAAUACGUUAAGUGAGAGACGAUGCGAGGCAGACUUCUCAAUUUAAUGAGAUAGUUUAUGGUCACCUGUGUAUCAAGCUUCUGGACUUUCAGGUUUUGUGGGAAAAAUUUCACAGUAUUUAUCCGGUCAUUCAUAGAAUUUGCCAGUGUCGUACUGAUCUGAGGAGGAAGAGACUCACCUCUCGGAAGGUCGUCUUAGAAUGUCCCAUCUCUGUAUACAACUUUAAAAACUGAAAUUAUGUUUUCAGAUUAUCAAGAUUGUUUCUUUACAAUAUCCGUCGUAUCCUACGUGCCGUUAUCACUGUCGUCCAGCUGAGGGUACCAUCAACGGGGAGAAAUGAUGAACGUCCGUUCCGCGGAAACCACGUUUACUGCAGUCUGCUCUACAAAGUUCACUACCGACUCCAAUAUCACACAUAAGCUCUAGCAUAAGUAAAUAAGGACUCUUCAUCUGUUGAGCAAUUAGCCGCGAAGGCCUAGUACCUGCGCUGAGUGAGGAUGACAUAGGCUGUUUCAAAAAUACGGAGAACGUUCAGUUCGAUCUCGCAAAAUGAGGGUCAAGUGCCUUUUCAAAGUAUUUAUUAAAAGACUGGCAGCCUUGGAUAUCAGUAAUUGCAAUCCGGAUAGUUUAACCAACCGAGCGCACGCACUUUGAUCUUGUCUCAUGCGUGGCCCGUAAAUGUUACUUUAUCAGCAGCCAGUCCGCGACAAGCAAUUAGUAGUGCAGCCUUGACUUGAGAAGAAAGCACCGGCGUGUAACUAGGCGAGAAGCAUAAACAGUUUUCGGCGUCAGAACUCCGUGGACUCUGUUCAGUUUCCCAUCACUAAAGUUAAAACCGAUCUCUUUAACGAAGCUAGUACCAACCUGUGUCCUCGAGAAACAAUUUAUCACUAUUAUUGUUACUAUUACCGCCCAUGUCGUCGUCGUCGUCGUCGCCACCACCACCACCAACAGUAAUGAUGCUAUUGCUACUAAAGAUCGUCCAACCAAUUUGGUCGAAAAUACGGAACAACGUUCUGCUGUAAUAUGACGAGGUACAGACAAUAAGCGGCCAAUUAAGCGUAGAAAUAGCUGACGGCAAAUAACUAAUGAUUCCUGUAAGGACACGAGAUAAACCAUUUGCCCAAGCUGUAUGAAAGUUCUAUUGGACAACGCGCUGGGAGCCUUUUCAUGUUUAUUGCCUGAUCCGCAUACGCGUAUGUUAAUCUUCUGAGGUGUCCACUUAUCCGUCUCGGACGCGCAUUAGUGCUUCUGAGGCAGGGCCGAGCGUCACACGGUUCUGUCUUGACGACAUGCAAAACGCCGGAAACCACAGAUGAGAUGGGCAUUGCGUCAUCUUGCCCCGCGCCAAAUUACCGGCCACCCUGUAAGUGUGCCGGCUUAGAUGUGGGGUGUGGGGUUCGGAAGGAAGGAAGAAUGAUUUUUGCACAAACUGAUAGCUCAACCGCGGCAGCAACGGCAGCUACGAGAGCAGGAUGCUGGCGAUGAGUACUCGCAGCUCCGUCAGCAGCAUCCUGUUAGAAUAGUUGACUAGAUUAACAUUUUCGUCAGCCAGCCGCGGGGUCUACUAACUCCUCCCCGUCCCUGCGGGCAACACAACCAUGAGUCGUCACGUCAGUCGCAGUGGACACUCCUCCCAUGUUAUAGGUUACCCGACACUCCACACACCCACACACACGCAUAGGAGCUGGCGCGGGCUGGGUAAUUGCAGCCGGAAUGCCGACAACAGCACGGACGAAAGAGCAAACCGACGGGCGCGCUAACAUGCGCCGACCGGGACAUGCUCUGUAAUCCCAUUAAGAUACGCGGCACCCUGCGUCCUGGGUCUGAUAACCGUCAGUCUCACUCGCCCGGCGCUGACCAUUGUGGUGUGAGGUGGGUGGGUGGGUGAGACAACAGUAACUUGUGCUUGAGGUCUAAAGUAUCAAUCAAUGUCACGAGCGUGCAUAUACACACGCACGUCCAUGCAGGGGUCAACUGCCGAAAGCCGUGUUCGAACGAGCGCGCUCCAAGCUGUGAGCGUGAACAGGGAAGACGGGCAGACAGAGGGGAGAGAGAGGGGUCGAAGUGAGUCGUCGGUGCGGUCAGAAGGAGAGUAAGCAGGGUGGCCGAGUCCAGCCAGUGACCCGGAACCUACCCGGUGGGCGUCCGGUCGAACGACCAUCGCUGUCAGCUACGAGCCCACUACUCAAAUAAAUUUAUGGAUGUGCGGUUGCGGGGUCUAUAUGCAACGCAGCGGAUUGGCUGAUGCAUGCUACGCAUGACUUGGAAACAGUCAAAAUAGGGUUGGGGAAGGGUAGUAACAACAUGCGAGGGAAAUUCACCUUCUGGUCAUUUCGGGAGGGAUGUUACGCACUAAUAGCCAAUAGACAUAGGCGGCUUAUAAUAGGGUUUGAUGCUUAAUAGAGCAAGUCCAAAGAUAAGGCUGUUCUACUACAAAUUUCUCAGUGACUCAUCAAGGUCGACAGCCACCAGAUUCCUUUAAUAAAGAAGUGUAAGCGGAUGAAAGUUAGCAGAACAUUUCGGGGAGUUCCAACGUCUCGAGAAUGUUUCAAUACAGAGAGGGGUAUCUCAAAUGACCAUAGUUGUUUACUUAGAUCACUGGAGAUAGGGGUGGCCGACAGAUCCAAGUCGGCGACCCAAAGAAAUAAAACCGGAACAGAUUUAUGAGGCGAAACAGCAGCAACAUUCUACAGCGUUCGGGACAAUUGAAAACAAGUAAUUAUACCAGAAAAGUGACGGGGCUCACUUGGAGCCGAGGACAGGAAAGAAAACUAGUUUCCUAGUGUCGGCUGACCCGGUGGCACCCGAGCAUCAGUGGGCAGGAACCGACCGUACUGCUGUAGCCUGGGGUCCUCAUCUAUGACGCCCCUGCAACCACUGUGCGAGACCAAGAUAGGAAGUCCCGGGUGACAAACCAAUGCCAUUCAAAUGGCCCGCCAGAGGCGGUAGACUACCUUUGAGAUGGUGUGGCAAGGAAACUGCAGAUGUGGAACUUAAGAGAUACAUCUCUCAACUACCACAGCGAUAUGUCCGAUGUUUGCAUGGCUCGGCGUCGCCACCUAACAGAGGGAUCAACCCAUGAAAACUUAGACGGUGUGUGCGGCAGUCUGACAUGCCAGCUACCACUGUAGACCACAAGAACUGGGGCGAAGCUGGCAACAAGUAAGUAGGGGCACAGAUAUUAUCCACAGCCGGUAAUGGGACCCAACGUAAGGGACCCGUUGGGUACGUGAUCAAAUAAUCUUAUUAGGCUAAAUGCAUACUAGACAGUCCUUUCACGGGAGAUGAGUGACCAAGGCAGUUAGCUUAAGCCUCUAACCACAAAAACAGCUGACUCCCGUUGGCCAAAAAGCUUUUACUCAAUUAAGUAAUUUGCCCAGUUAUCCGAAGUGCGUAAAAUUGUAAGGCACAUAUUGGAAUAAAUCAGAGGGGAGUAAAUUACUGACCGACGUUAAAAUUGAUGCGUUUGUUUCUCCCACUUCAAGGGCCCGCCGAUCUUUUUCUUUGACCUCAGCGACUGAACUGCAACAUGUGCAAUACUCUCACGGGUUCGCAUGACCGAUUAAUUGGCAUGAGCUGGUGGCGUACACUACCGACCAGGGGCAUUUUACUGAAUUGACAAUCACCAGAACCUCCUGUUUUCUGCCUAAAAUGACUAUAUUACCAAUCUCGUAUCCUUUGGUGUCGGCCAGUUUUCAGCCUGAUUAAGAAUACUGACUGUAAUAAGCGCAGUAAACUCCUGGUACUUCAUCCUGUUUUAAAUAUUUACCUAAGGUAGACGGAUGACUCAAAUAAGGCGUAGUUACUCUACUGCCUACCUCAGACCUAACGCUUUAUAUCCUCAUCAGAAUCAAUGCCUAAAUAUUUGACUUUCAACACUGCAUAGGUCUACCCGUAAGAAAUGUUAUGUUUAUGCUCACCUACAUAUUGGUUUUUUCCGGAUUUUCUCUAGAGAUACACCAAAGCAGUUGAAAACAUAAAGUGCAAGAGACGGUGUGAGAGCUGCUUUUGCCUUCUCGUUUGAUAGGGAAUGGUUCACUUUUUGAACAAACGGGUUACAGGAAAGGUAAUGUGCAUUCAAUGCGGAGUGACCAAGUUACUAUAAGCCAGACAAACUCCAUGUUGUACGUCCGCCGUGAUGGAGCCGACGCAUCCAGUAUGACACCAUGCUGCCCGGACGAUGUUUAUUUGGGAUAUGCACUUUCUGUAGUUCUCGUACAUAAGGGGAAUAUGGCGCAAAGUUCACUGUUUUAAACACUAGCAGCAUACUAUUCCAACGAAACGGCAACGCGCUAAGUCUGGUGGUUCAACUGUCGCAAGCAAUAAAGACAGUCUCUGCCGUACUGGCCAGGCAAGUCCUGGCUUGUGCGGAUGUGUCUAUAGUGGAGCGAACAUUCGAUGAAUCUCACCCAUUCUCGCGUGCGACGCCCACCCUGCGAGACGUAGAGGUGUCCAGUUGUAGGUCCACAUGAAGGUCGCACAAGGUCGCUCAUUUGCAUGCAGGUGUUGACUACGCCUAGCGUCCAAUAACUGUCAACCAACUCUCACAUGUGGCUCCCUAAAGUUAGGCUCUGUCUAGCGGCCAAACCCCGGGAAUCACCUCAACCGGUGGGCUAAACCCAAUGAGAGUAUCCGUGUGUACAGCCGCUAGCCGUACGGGUCACCGCAUCGCCAUCUCUAAGAUGAGGCUCCGUUUGCAACCCCACAGGGGGCCACAUGGAAAGUGGCUCCCCAAGUAAGCUGAAUACCACUUGGUUGUCUUUGCCUGCUCACUACUGCUAGCAAGCUAUUGGUCCAGUGGCUGGGAGACCUGCCUCAUUCUACGCCUGCGCACCUUCUUCCCGCUCCUCUCCGCCCUACGUUCUCCCUACUCGACUAUCUUACCCUACGGUCGAAAGUUCUACAGCGAGGGCGACGUGCAAUCUCGUAGGCGGCCCAGGCCACUGACUGUUCUCUCGCUAAACCCCCUAACACAUAGUGAAGAGCGGCAUCCGUCUGGUGCGACGAAACAGCCCUGUUUAGGGAGAGCACUGCUUUCUUCCGCUAAUUGGAGGGGGCAAAAAAGGUGCCCUAAACAAAGCUGGAUUCACGACAUCUACUCGCAGACCAUGGCUCGCAGACUGCUUAACACACGGUCGGAACCAAAGCAUGUGACAAAAUACUUUAUUUCUUCUUUUUCCUCCUACUCCUCCUCCUCCUCUUCUUCACCCCACCCCUAGGCUGCUAGGCUGAGUCCACUCACCCUUACAGCAUAUAAUGUUCAUUCCCUUUUAUAUAAUCAUAGGAGCAACCGGGCGGAAAGAUGGAUGGCUCUAGUCGCACGGGAACUGGCGUGCUACAAGGUGGACAUCGCUGCAUUCAGCGAGACCUGGUUCUCCGAACAACGCUAACUUGAGGAGGUGGAUGAUGGCUACAACUUUUUCUGUAGCGGUCUCCCCAGGGUAGAGCGAAGUGGCGCGGCCAUCGCCUUUGCCAUCAGAAACGACAUCGUAGGACGACUGUCCCGUCUGCCGCAGGGCAUCAACGAUCGACUGAUGAGCCCCCAUCUGCCUCUUCGGGGAUCCAACUUCGUCCCCAUCAUCAUCGCCUGCACGCAACAAUGGCCGACUCAGACAAGACGAAGUCCAAGUUCUACGAAAACCUGCACGCCCUCCUGGCGUCUGUGCCGAAAAUGGAUAAGCUGACUGCCCUUGGUGACUUCAGCGCCCGCGUCGGCACAAACCAUUCUGUCUGGGGAGGAGUGCUGUGUCCCUACGGAAUCGUCCGCUGAAACGACAAUGGCCUCCUCCUCCUGCGAGCCUGCGCUGAGCACCGUCUCCUGUUGACCAACACAUUCUUCCGCCUGAAGUUGGGAAGAAGGCCACCUGGAUGAACCCCCGAUCGCAGCGCUGGCAGCUGCUGGACUAUGUUCUCGUCCGCGGCGAGAUCAGCUGGACGUGAUGGUGACCAAGGCGAUCUUCAAGAAUGAUGGCUGGACGGGCCAUCGCCUCGUCAUCUCCGAGAUGCGGCUUCGUCUACAACCCUACAGGAGAUCACAAUGUAAGCAAAGUCUAGGUUAGCUGAAUACCGUUUAGUUGUCUUUGUCUGCCCACCGUUUACAUUUCAGCAGUCAACAGAUUCAGCGGCUGGAAGAACUGCCAGCUGCAGAUAAAAACGCCUCAGUGGAGACUCGAUGGUGCCAACUACGGGAUGCCGUUCAACUGGACGUCCUGGCUGCCCUCCGUCGAACGCGUCGCCACCACCACGACUUAAUCGACGGUAACGACGCAGCCAUCAGUAAUCGGCUUGUCAAGAAGAACAGACUGCACAGAGCCUAUCUCGGCCGUCCAAAUGACGCGAACAAAGCAGCCUUCUACCAAUAUCGCCCCUUGCUCAGCGACGGUUGCGAGAAAAAUGAUGUCUGGAUAACUAGCAAGGCCGAGGAGAUCCAGGGAUAUGCCGACCGUAACGAACCAAUGAAUUUCUUUGCUGCGAUCAAGACCCCCAGCGAGGGGAACCGCGCUACUUCUAAGCUCCGAUGGAUCAACGCUUUUGCCGGAGAAGUCACAGAUUCUGAAGUGCUAGGCUGA